AUGUAUCGUAUCUUGUUGUUCGUACUGUUAGUUCCGUUACUGUACUCUCAAGAACAGAGCGACAAUGAUGUGACAGAGAUAACCACAACAACAACUCCUGAAUGUACUGGAAGCGAUUGUGAGGAUUCAGAGUUGUUGAACGACAAGAAUGACAGAGUAAACAAUAAAGUGACAGCGAACAAAGUCAAGGUGAAGGAGAAGACGGUACUGUCAGAUGAAGGUGAGUGUUUGGUACUAACAAUCGUGUCUCAAAAGUCCUCGGACAGUUGAAAUGUAAUGCCUUCUGAGAACUUUUGAGACAAACCACAAUCACUAUCACCACUUAUCAUUUCGUGCACGCUUUGCUUUUGUAGUCUUGAGCGACGACACUUACUACGUACCAACAGCACCAACUGUCCCGUCUGGUUCUGACUUGUGUUUAGAGAAUCCAGUACUUUGCACGACUGCAGUACCUCAAAGUUUUAUACAGCCCAGGUACUACAGUAAUCCUUCCAGGUAUUUUCUUAUCAGUUAUGGGCUUGAUCAAAAAGUGUAUAGAAUUUUAUUUUUUUAAAACUUUUUCGUUUUCUCUAUUUACUUUUUGACCAAACUCGUACAGUUCUCACAACCCGUACCAACCUCAACUUUAUCAACAACCUUAUCAAUCGAUUCUACCGUAUCCCAGCACCAAGUAUUACAACCCCAGCCAGUUGUUUGGAUUUAAUUAUGGCUGGAACAUAGAUGUCGGCUCUCCCUACUUCAACCUCGGCCUGGGCAGUGGGAUCGGCUUCAAUGUUGGCUGACCUCUUUCCUGUCCGUUCUGUUACAGUACCCCUAAUGAUAGCUUUUAGUUCUGCACAAGUUCAAGGUUUUAAUGGAGAAUUUGUUCGAUUCCUCGCACAACCGUGACUUUUUCCAAAUCCUGGCCUCCGAACGUCCCCUCGCCAUCUUUCGUUUGCCCACCGGUAGCAGGGUGAUGGCACCCCCCGAGCAACGGUUGUUCACCACGCCCGACACCUUCUCACCCUUCGGCCAAAGUCAGUUCAGCGAGUUACGGUAAUCAUUGGCUCCAACAGACGGUUUUAUUUUCAGACAAGACCUCGUCGCUGAGUCGCCCCUUGGAGAAUCCCCGAGAUCCAGAACAAGAAAGAGAGUACUUAAGAGAAACCAGCUACCAGCAGCCCGAGCAGUCCCGCACGACGUGGACCGACUACGAACGGUACGUUUACCAGAAAAGCAUCAAAGAAAUAAAAUAUUUCAAAAAUGAAUUAAAGGCAAAAGAAGACUUAAUAAAACAAUCUUACUAUACUUUCAGCUACUGGAGGCAGUAUUACGAUAACGCAUAUAGUAACUCUCAGCCCUACUACAACAACUACAACUAUCGACCAAGUCAGCAACAACAACCUUAUUAUUACGAUACUCAACGAAACCCUUAUAAUUAUUACAGUAACCCGCCAUCUUACUCGUCUUACGGUCCCCAGAACCCCUACCAGUAUCAAUCUCAGUAUGGUCCCCAACAACAAUAUAAAAACCCCUAUUACUCCAGUUACUACCCUAACUACUACCAGAACUAUAACCAAAAUCAGGGUUUGGGGCUACAGAGCGGGCUUAAUGUAGGUUUAGGUAACGGGGUCGGCUUUGGGAUUAGUAGCGGUUUCGGCUUUAAUAUGGGCAGAUAA